GUUUGAGGUCUUAGGACUCCUAGCUCUGUGCUCCUUCCUCUGUAUCAUUGCGUACAGAACUUGCUGGACAUUGGGCCAAUAGCUGGCUGCUGACCCACCCUCUCUUGGCCAUGAACACCCCUGGCUCUCUUUCACUGGUGCCCGUGACCUCGGAACCCGGGAACACCUCCUCGGCCUGGCCCCCAGAUGCUGUCCUCGGAAAUGUGUCCUCAGCGUCAAGUGCAGCAGGGCUGGCUGUCAGCGGCAUUCUGAUCCCACUGGUCUACCUGGUGGUGUGUGUGGUGGGCCUGCUGGGCAACUCCUUGGUCAUCUACGUGGUCCUGCGACAGACGGCCACCCCAUCGGUCACCAACGUCUACAUCCUCAACCUGGCACUGGCCGAUGAGCUGUUCAUGCUGGGGCUGCCCUUCCUGGCUGCCCAGAACGCCCUGUCCUACUGGCCCUUUGGCUCCCUCAUGUGCCGGCUGGUCAUGGCCGUGGAUGGCAUCAACCAGUUCACCAGCAUCUUUUGCCUCACGGUCAUGAGCGUGGACCGCUACCUGGCGGUGGUGCACCCCACCCGCUCGGCCCGCUGGCGCACGGCGCCCGUGGCCCGCACGGUCAGCGCGGCUGUCUGGGUGGCCUCGGCCGUAGUGGUGCUCCCCGUGGUGGUCUUCUCGGGCGUGCCUCGUGGCAUGAGCACCUGCCACAUGCAGUGGCCCGAGCCGGCGGCUGCCUGGCGGGCUGGCUUCAUCAUCUACACGGCCGCACUGGGCUUCUUUGGGCCGCUGCUGGUCAUCUGCCUCUGCUACCUGCUCAUCGUGGUGAAGGUGCGCUCCGCCGGGCGGCGGGUGCGGGCCCCCUCGUGCCAGCGGCGGCGGCAUUCUGAGCGCAAGGUCACGCGCAUGGUGGUGGCCGUGGUGGCGCUCUUCGUCCUCUGCUGGAUGCCCUUCUACGUGCUCAACAUCAUCAAUGUGGUGUGCCCGCUGCCCGAGGAGCCUGCCUUCUUCGGCCUCUAUUUCCUGGUGGUGGCCCUGCCCUACGCCAACAGCUGUGCCAACCCCAUCCUUUAUGGCUUCCUCUCCUACCGCUUCAAGCAGGGCUUCCGAAGGGUCCUGUUGCGGCCCUCCCGCCGUGUGCAAAACCAGGAGCCUCCCGUGGGGCCUCCGGAGAAGACGGAGGAGGAAGAGGAGGAUGGAGACGGGGAGGACCGGCACGAGGGAGCAGGGAAGCAGGGGGGCCGGGGGGAGAUGAAUGGCCGGGUCAACCAGAUCAUACAGCCAGGUCCCAGUGGACAGGAGCAGCCUCCCAGCAGCACCACCAGCAAGGAGCAUCAGUUCCUACCCCAAGAACCCUCGGCUGGGGAGAAAUCUGACACGCUGCACAUCAGCUAUCUCUAGGGGCCUGUGGAGGGCCGGGGUAGCCCGAGGAAUGGGCAAAGACUGUGGGUGCACCUAGGGUGUGCCACCCGAGGUAGCA